AUGGACAUUCAAACAACAAAUACACGAAGGAAAAUACUAAAUCAUGUAAUUUGUAGUAUUUUGGUGGAAUGUGGUUAUGAUACUUGUGAAAAACAAGCAUUAGAAACUCUUACAGAAAUGCUACAGUCUUUUAUUGUGGAAGUUGGAGAAUCUGCAAGGAAUUACUGUGAACUUUCUGGUAGAACAGAACCACUUAUUGCAGAUGUUAUUGUAGCACUUAUAAAUAUGGGUAUAAAACUGGAUAAUUUAGAAAGUUAUGGCAAAAGAGCAAAUAGAACAGUUUUGCCACCUCUUCAGCAACAAACACAAUCAAAACAAUUAAAUAUUUUGCAAGCUGGAGUGAAACAAGGUCAUCCACCUCAUAUACCAAGUUAUUUACCGGCUUUUCCUGAUCCACAUGCAUAUAUCAGGACACCGACACAUAAACAGCCAGUAACAGAAUAUGAAGCAAUAAGAGAAAAAGCAGCAACUCAAAAGCGUGAUAUUGAAAGAGCUUUGACAAGGUUUAUUGCAAAAACAGGAGAAACACAUAGUCUGUUUCUAACAGAAGAUAAUAGUAUGUUUCCAUUAAUAUCAUGUAAACCACAAUUUCCUAGUUACCUUUCUGCACUUCUUCCACAAGAUCAGGUAUUUGAAACUGAUCAAGAUUUUCAAUUUGAACCAAGUCCAGUUAAAAAGAAAAAAGAACAAGAAAUAGAAGAAUCUGAAGAAGGUAUGAAAGGACAAAAUGAAGACACUGAACAAAAUGGAGAAACUACAACUCAGCAAGAUGCUAUAGACAAUCCUUACUUAAGACCUGGAAAAAUACCAAAGAAUAAAAUGCCAGGAGUUACAGGUCCCGGAUUGCACUCGAUAAAGAGGGAUUCUCUUGAAUGA